ACUCAGUUUUAAACGCAUCAGAUGUUUAAAGCGUGCAUCAAUUUUAUUUGGUAUGCAGAACAGACAAUGGCAGAAGAAAAUAAGUGGACACACGAGCGGAAGAAAUUAUUAAUAACAACAAGGCUUCGCCAUGAAGCAGAAUUUUCCGGCAAAAAAAGAAAGAGAAAUACAAUUUGGGAGUCGAUUUUAAGGAAAAUGAGGGACGUUGAGAGCUCGUUUCCAUUUUCAAGAGAUGAAAUAACGAGGUGUUUUCUCAACAUAAUGGGGACUUAUAAGCGUAUAAAGAAAAGAAACAGUACUUCUGGCGAAGCAGCAUCAAAUUGGGAAUAUUUUAGUGAAAUCGAUGAAGUGUUUGGAAGUCGUUCUAGUAUUGAAGUGCCACUAGAAAUGACCGAGUAUUCUAUAAUUUCAUUGGAAAGUCCUUCCACCACAGCAACAAUUGACGGAGUGGAUGUAACACCUACAACAUCAGUUAAAAGAAAGAGAAAUGACGUAAUCGAAUUCUUAGAGAAAGAAUCCGAAAAGGAAAACGAAGCUAUAAAUAAGCUUAUAAAAAUAGAAAGUGAAAGACUUGAAGUUGAAAAAGAAAAACUUAAAGAAUUAAAUCAACUACGGGCUUUAUUUGAAAACCCAGGAUAG